AUGUAUAAGGUAAAACCUCAUAAUGUUAGUAUUAAUGACCAUCUGCUGCUGCUCACCACAAGCCUAGCACGUUCUGGAGACGAAGUGCGGGCGGGAAGCGUUCAAGCAAUUGGGAUCCAGCGUUUAGAUUGGCCAGCUCGAAGUCUUGACCUCAAUCGAAUUGAGCAUGUCUGGGAUGUUCUAAAGAAGACAUGUAAGAUCAGUGCUACCUGCUCCACAAGACAACAGAGGGUUAAAAAGAGUCAUUGCAAUUUGCAGAAGAGUGGGAACGCAUUCCUCGGAAUUAUUAAAAACGUCGUGGAAAGCAUGGCCAGAAUUCACGCUGUGACUUUGACAAGUGGUCACACUGGUUAUUAG